UGUACAGUAAAUUAUUGUUAGAAACAGAGCUAAAAUCGAUGCGAAUUUAUAUAUUAAACUGUGAUAAAUAAUACAAUUAAAAACACAAGUUUGGCUCCCGCGAAAUUUUGAAUAAACAUUUCUGAUUGGUCGAUGGUAUACCCGGCACUGAUUGGUCGGCCUACCCCCUGGAUACCAUAUAUAAAGAGCCUUGUUGUUAGGCUGGCACGUUCAGAUUCAUACAUCUAUAGUUAAAGAGAACAUUGAAAAUAUGCGCUCUGACAGAGAAAGAAAAUCUUCAUAUUAUUCACAAAGAAGUCGUUCUAGAUCUAGGUCUAGAUCGAGACGUCCCAAGUCCAGGGACCAGUGCCACCAUCACUAUAGGCCUAGGACCCCUAGUCCAUAUCGGUCAAGGGAUAAUAGACCUAGUGGUAGUGGUACUAGUUCUCCAGUCAUCAAGAAAGACAGGACAUCAACACCUGUAAGGGAGGAAGUGCCUCUAUUACCAGAUGUAGAAAUACCUCUUCUUGACCAGCUCAGUGAGCCAGAAUUUCCUGAGCUGUUUGGUACACAUGAGCCGCAAGCGUGGUAGGGACGAUAAUACAGAUUGGUACCCUGCUGCAAAACGGCCUGCCAUUCAUUUCAACCCAAGUCAUCCAAACUUCCGAAGGUAUUUCUACUAGUUAGUUAUUCUAGUGUAGCAAUGCUGUAGAAAGUUUAGGGUAGUUAGUUGGUUUUUUAUUAAAUUAGUUUUUAUCCCAGAGGAACAUAGUAAUUUUACCAUUUGUCUGAAAUUAUAUCCAUUUAUCCAACUAAGUUUUGAUUACCUGAGAUUGACAUUACAUUUUAUUUUAUUUCCUUAUAAUGAAUGUCAGCCAGAUUUAGCUUGAAAAUAACAAUUUCUGUAGCCCUAAUGCAAGUUCACACAGAUGUCCCUUACAAAUUUUUUUUUAUCAGUACUUUGAGAGGCAUUAUAAUUUAUGUGCAAUUAAGUGGUGAUUUUUGUUUUAACAUGAUAUGAUUGUUUGGUUUUAAGUUGCACUGACAUUGUUAACUUUCCAGCUUUACUGGUGGAGG